AUGGAAGAUGCUCAUGUGGCAAUUCCGGACUUCGACGUGGAGAAAGGCUUGAGCCUUUUUGGUGUCUUUGAUGGCCAUGGAGGCGUGGCGAGGGAAGCAGUGGCCAAGCUUGUCAGCGAGCGUCUGCCACGGACGUUGAAGAAUCUGGAAGAGUAUAAAGCUGGCAAUUUCAAGGAGCGGGUUGGAGACAGACAGGACGAAUUUUUGUGGAGUGCAGAUGGACGGGUGGCUCUUCGCAAAGCCAAGCGCAAGGCCAACGGUGCUCUUUUAGCCGCAGAAGCACCAAGACUUCGUGCCUUGCUGCGGAACAAGGCUGGGCGCUGUGCUUUCUCACUCCAUUGCAAGACAGAUCCUAUCCCACUUUCUGCACCAUCAUGGGCUACAUUGCUGACGGGACAGAGGGCUGCUGUCCACCGCAUCACCAGCAAUGACCUCGACUCCCUUCUCUCGACUGACUCGCAAGGAAGAUUACUUGUGCAACCCUCAGACUGCCUGUGCACUCCAGUGCGGUCAGCUAGCUGCUUUGCAUCAGCUUUCAGCCAGGCCAAGCGGCAGAAGCUUGCAAAUCCAGCAAGUCCUUUUCCACCCACUCUGUUCCAUUUCUUAUCACAGAAUGGUUGCUCCGCAAAGCUGCUGAAUGUGGGCUGGCCGGGUGUGCCACAACUGUGUGCAGAUGCACGUAGGCCAGAGUUUGCCAAAAUGCACAUUGUAAACUCCCAGGCCGAGGAGUUGGACAAAGCAGUUGAAGAAAUGCUGAAGCUCUUUGUGCAUUUUGUGCAACAGUUGUGCCUUCAGGUUUUGGCACUGUACACCCAUAGCGUAGACUUGGCCGGCCAUGUCCAUGGCUUUUCCCUGGACGUACCGGAGUACUUGGAGUCCAUUGAGCACUUUGAUGCCUGUUUAGGUCGUCUUUUGGAUGCCCUGGCAGACCGCCAUGAGGAUUGGCUUUUGGCAAUCACCACUGAUCACGGUGGAGGUGCAGCCAAAGAUAUGUCCAAAGACCAGUGGUCCCUGUUUGUAGAGGACUGCAAGUGCAUCCACAAAGGCCUCUCCCAGGCAGGUAGUCAAGGUGUACAUGGCCUGCAAGAUUCAGAUACACAUAACACCAGGUUUGUGAUCCUCUCCGGGCUGAAUGCAAGGCCCGGAGAGAUUUGCCCUCCACCAGAGGCUAUUGAUUUCCUUCCAACAUUGCUUCGCCACCUCGGGCUGGCUUCUGAUAGUUUGCCGGGCCGUAGCCGCGGACUUCGUCGCGAUUGA